AUUUUAAUGAAAUCGAUGCAGCUCGGAAAAGGUCGGACGUUCAAAAAGAUCAUCCAAGACUUUGUCGAAACGUACGGGCCCCUGAACGACACGUACUUGGCCCAGUACGAGACACCAGGGGGCCGGCGCGUCUACGACGAGACGCUCGCCUGCGUGAUGGAGCAGUACCCGCAGUACGUCCGCGAGAUCGAGGGCACGGCCGACGGCUCCGAGGUGCCCUUCUACAAGCUAUUCCUUAUGCACCUGGACGACAUCAUUGUGCCCCCCGAGACAAAUGGCGAGGUGAUGAGAAACGGCAAGAACCCCGUUGGCUGCUCUUCGAUUAUCUGCAACCAACCUGGUCAGGAGAUUCUAGGUCACAACGAGGACGCGCUCAGCGAGACGUUGAACCACUGGUACCUAGUGGACGCGCACAUUGUGGAGGCAGGACUGGCGGAAGAAAAGUUUUGCUCGCUGAGCUACGCCGGAUUCCUACCCGGGUACACGAUGGGCUACAACCACCACGGCCUCGUCUACAGCGUCAACACCCUCAGCGCCGAGCAUCUUUGCUCCGGGAAAACACCCCGGUACUUUUUGGCUCGAGCGCUUCUCGCGGCCGACAGUGGCGAGUGCGCCGAGGAGGUGCUUCGCAACGAAGGCUACGGCGCCGCGGAGGGCUUCUCCGUCAACAUGACCUUCGUCAACGAUGCGAGUUUUUACAGCGAUCGGGUGUUCAAGAACAUCGAAAUCGGCCCCGCCGAACCAAACGACACGAGCUCGCGUCUCGACAUCAGCGAGGCCCGUCCCGGUGAUUACCUCUAUCAUUGCAACAAGUACAUGCGGCUGAAGGUACCGGAAGUAGUGGGUUGUAUCAUAGACAGCAGCAUUCACAGGAUGGAAGCUAUCAACAGGCACGAUCAGCCGAAAACCCUUCAGGACGUUAUAGACGUGCUCAGCGAUCAGACGGACGACGACUAUAGAGUUUAUCAGGAAAUACAUCCCGACGAUUAUGUCAAGACUAUAGCAACAGGAAUAUUCGACUGUAUCGAAAGGACUUGGUCCAUUUACACCGACAAACCGAGCUCCAGUAAACCCAUAGUGGUACUUCCGAUUCGAACCAAAACCUCGAAAAUCGAGGACUUCAAGAAUUAGAAACGAAAGCUAAUCGAAAAUUAAAUGAUUCAUCUCUAUUGGUGUUACUUCGGAAUGUAAAUAUGUUUACCUGGAAAAAAAAAAAUUUCAAAAAACCAUUGUGCCUUUUUGAAAAUUGCAUUAAUAAUAGAUUUAGAUUGUGUUGAUUCAA